CCCUCUCUGGAGAACUCUGGUGGGAAACAAGCAGUGAGUUCUUCCUGCCUGGAAAGGCGGCCGGAGCAGCUCCCCACGGACAUGGGGGGCAGAGGGGUGCCGGUGGCCGGGGCGGAGCUCGAAGGACCCCCCAGGUCCCCCCGCCCCGCCAUGGAGAGCGGGAUGCUGCUGUCUGGCAGGCAGCGAGCGCUGAUCCAGGAGAGCUGGAGGCGGGUGAGCGGCAGCCCCGUGGAGCACGGCCUCGUCCUCUUCACCAGGUUGUUUGACUUGGAUCCUGAUCUGUUGCCCCUUUUCCAGUACAACUGCAAGCAGUUCACCAGCCCUCAGGAGUGCCUCUCUGCCCCUGAGUUCCUGGAUCACAUCAGGAAGGUGAUGCUGGUGAUUGAUGCUGCUGUGAGCCACCUGGAGAACUUGUCCUGCCUGGAAGAGUAUCUCUGCAACCUUGGCAAGAAGCACCAGUCAGUUGGUGUGAAGAUUGACUCGUUCUCGACUGUUGGCGAGUCCUUGCUGUACAUGCUGGAGAAAAGCCUUGGCACAGCCUUCAGCCCAGAUGUGCAGGAGGCUUGGAGCAAACUCUACAGUGCUGUGGUGAAAGCCAUGCAACGUGGCUGGGAGACCCUCCCAGAAGGGGACUAAAUCCUGCCAGCCAUCCGCAUCCCUAACCAUGCAGUGGCCCUGGGCAGAGGAAGCGCUCAUGCUGGUGUUUCUUUCUGCCUCUCUCCAACUCUGUCUUUCUCUGUGCGCCAGCCCACCAUUCUCUCCUUCAGUGUGUGUGCUUUGGGGCUCUCCCGGUGAUUCCACCUUGCUUUGACACACCCACAUCUCUGCCUGUGCUAAGGGCUGGCAGGGCACGUCUCUGCAGCCAAGUGGGAGUGCCACAGCACAGGUACAGCACCCUGCCCCAACUCCUUUGGGCUAGCUGGACCACCAGCUACUUCUGUACCUACUCUGUUUUUAACUGGCUCCUCUUUCCUCCUCUUGCUACCUACCCUAGUUAGAUGGCAGCUAGCGCAGGCCUCUCAGGCUUAUUUGCCCAAGAUCCUAUUUGCUGUGCUCAAGAUCUGCCAGGUCUGACACUGCUCACUCCUCCCGCCCUGCUAUGCCCAGUUCAGCUGUGGUAAUGGCAGAUUUGGGUCCUUCCAGGGACAGAGGCAGCAGAAGUGGUAGCUGGCCGUGCCAUGUGGCCAUCCUUCCAAAACCCUGUGGGGGAGAUUUUCUCUCCCUUCACCAACACAUCACUACUGGAUGGUUAAUCCUGGUGCGGCCUUGCUUCUUCCCUGGAUGGGAUCCACGGCUUUUCCUCAUGUCAGGUUGGCCGUAACUUGAUGUGUUUCCUAGGGAUGCUUCAAGCAGUGGGGUCAUGUUCAUCCCAAGAUGAAGCUGCUUUUAGCAGGCCUGAGCUGCCAGCUGAAAGGCUUUGUGUUGGUUUGGCUGGUUGGUUUUACCUCAGAGUCAGCUGAAAUACAGCAGCAAUGGUGGCACUCUACUGCUUUGUGUUAAGGAGAAUAAAGUAAAUAUAAAGAAAAGACGUCUUAAAAUAAAAAUGAAGGUUGCAAUCAUGUCAUGGCAGCAGCUUCCAGAAAUCGUUCUGGCUCUUGGCCAAAGGAAGAAUAGCUGGAAUUUCUCUACUGACACUGUUAGGACCUGGAGCACUUCCCAGCUGCACACAGUACCCAUCUGCAGGGCUCCUCACCCAUUAGUUGUCUCUCCUAACCAUACUUGAGACACAGCUGCUUCUGAGCAGAGAGAGAUACCCAGUUAGGUGCGUGCAGCAGUGCUGUGUCAGGAUAGGAGUGAGAAGACAGCAUCAGCUGGAAGAAAUCCCAGGAAACGGCUGAGAGGCAGCACGUGAGGGCCCCACAGGGAGCUGAACUUGAGCACUUUGAAGAAGACUUCAUCUUUAGGGGGAAGUUGCUGUGAGACAGGCAGAACCAUGUUUCCGACCACCACUAGCCACAGGGCAAGGACAUGGAGCAAUUAUUUAGUUACAGGCAGUGCCUGUUUGUGUUGCUCCUUCAGGGCAGGAGGAACCUGGUGCUGAGGGCUGAGAUGUUCCUGUUCUAGUGACGCGUUCUUCCUACACUCAGACAUCAUCCAUUCUGGGGCAGGAGAGGGCUGCCUGCUCCUUGCAGCUGCAGUCUUCCAGCUCCGUGCUGUGGAGAGGAUGAUGGGGCUCUGCUUCCCUGCAGGCCUGAUGGUGGUUUUGGGCUUUGUAUGUUUGGAAGGUGAGCUGAGGGCUGUUGUGGAACAUGCAGUGAACAUCCCCAUGUAGGAUGCUCGCUGUCCUCCCCAGACUCUACUCCUGCAGUCCUACAGCAUGUUGUUGUGCAUCCUUACCCAUGGCUUUCUCCAUCAGCUCUAUCAGGGGACAUCCUCCCCAUUCUUGUACCAGGCAGUGAGUGAUGGAGGAGCCAGGACUGGGCAGAGGUGCCAGCUAUGCCAGCAUGGAACAGGGCAGCAGGAUUUGGGAAUGAGGACAUCCUUCGUUCUGGGACAUCAGCCUUCAGCACCACGAGGGUGACCUGUCUCUGUGUUACAAGUAGUCAGCUGCAUGCUGGGUGGGAUGUGGGUGUUACUGCCAGAAACCAUCCCCACUCCCUCUAGCUUUCUCAGCUCCUUUACUUCUCUUCCCUACCACAUUUUGUGUAACUGCUAAGACAACUGAACUGGUCUGUGUGCCUCAGACUCAGAUGAACUGUUUAAUAAAGAACAGCAGUAAGUCUUGGC